AUGUUGGCAAAGGCUCGCGGCCUACAGGUUAUAAUGGCAGUGACGGAACCAGGAUCUCAAGAUCAAACUGAUCCCAAAAGCCGACGCAGGCCCUUUUCAACAUGGGUCAAGAAGCUCAAGAAUUUCAAAGGCGGCUACUCGAACGAAAGUAGUACUUCAGGCUCCGGAAAACGCGAAAAGACAUUGGCCAAGAAGCGCCCCUUGAAGAAAAACAAUCCGUAUCCAGAGUCAGGCAGGAUAGGGGGUGGUACACAAGCACAGCAUCGGGCAAGCACCCGCUCGGUGUCUUCAGGUCCCAGUGGUGUUACGAGCUCGACCUCACUGGCCAGGACGCUAUCAAUAUCAUCGACGACCGACGGCCAUGGCCGGGCUCCCACAGCGGGUGGCAGGUCCGUAGCGCCGACUGUGUCGACAACAGACCAUGAUAUAGCACACUCGAUUGCUGCACCAUCCCAUGGCGCCUCGUCGGUGGCGGGUACCAGCCGCACUGCCAACGGUGGGGUCGAUUCUCGACGUGGAGGCGACAGCACAUUUUCUUCACCAGCGCCAUCGGUGCGCUCACUAACGACAACACUUACCACUAUUCAAUCUAUCCCUAUGGGUAUGGGAAACCAUAACGCACACAGCCAAAAUUCACAUCCGACCCAUCAUCAUUCUAUUCAGUUCAACCAGCCGUUCCCAAAUACGCCCGCAUCUGCAAUCCCCGCUCACUUGAAUCCCCCGUCGGCAACUGGAGGCGGUCAGGCAGGUCACCCAACGACAUAUAACACUGCCACGGCGAACGGGCUGCUCACGGACAACGCCUCAAUUUUGACCCUUGCCUCUUCAUCUAAGCGUCGGCGUCGCCGCUCCCUAGACACUGAUGCGAGCGUACGCGCUUUGGCCCCUUCAUCCCUGUUCGGAGGUUCCCGCGAGUCACUUCCGCUGUCAGUUCUGUCCGCAACGAUAGAUAGCGGUACUGGCCCGUCUGCCUCGACUGUUCCCCCGGUCCCAUCCACGCCUGGCGCAGCAUCACGCAGCGUGGCCGAACGGGCCAGCAUAUACAGCAUCACUGGCAUUGGGGGCACUGACAGGAACAGCUUGUACGCUGGGAAAACCCAAACGCAACAAGCGCAGUCACUUCCGCCCCAGGACAAGUCUGGUGGAAGUGCUGUUGGUGCGGACGCUGCAAGUGUCCGAAGCGGACGUCUGGGACACGGUCGAGCCGAGAGCGUCAACGGCAGUCUUGGCGUGACAAGUCCAUUGACUAGUCCCCGCGAGGACUCGGGCGAGGAGGAGGAGAAGGCCGAAUCAAGCAAAGCAGAUGUGGGUGACAAGCCGGCCUCUUGA